AUGCCGAAGUUCUCCGGCACCAAGGACGACGCCGUCGCGGACUACCUCUUCAGCGCCAAGCUCUACUUUGAGUCGAAGAACAUCAAGUACGGCGCCGACUCGCCGCAGCAGCGCCCCUUGUCGCUCUUGGUGGCAAACUUGAAGGGACCAGCAGCGGCUUGGUACCGUGAGUACCUCCUACGCCUGCGCCAGAACAACUUCACCUGUCUUGAAGAUUACGUGUCGGCCUUCCGGCACAUCAUCUGCAAGGUAGAGGAGAUGAGCGACAUCGACAAGGUCAUGCAUUUCCAGAAGGGGUUGGUCGUAGAGAUCAAACAAGAGGUGAAGCUGCGCCAGUUCAGGAACACGACAGACGCAAUUUCGUUUGCACUCAUGUACUACCGCACGCACGCUUCGUCACAUCACGUCGAGGAGCCGACUCCAAUGGAGAUCGGGAGUUCGCGCUUCGUCUCUCGCGAAGAGUGUCGGCGAAGUAAUCUUUGCUUUUACUGCAAGGAGCCCGGAUACCGCCUGGCUACAUGUCCUAAGUGGCCAGCGCGUAACAACUCCCGAGGCUCAUCUCACAACCGCGAUGACCACGUCGAGGUCAUCGACAGUUUGCAGCUGAACAUGGUGUCUCUCGACGCGAAGUUGUCGCCCAGUCGUGAACGGUUGAGGUUCGAGGGAGCGAUGAGCGGACAGGCAGUGCGAGUCUUGAUCGACAGUGGUGCAGAGCGCAACAUUGUGCGUCCGGGCCUCGCGCAGCACUACGUUGAGGCCGCCAAGGUCACGGCCGAGCGCUUUGAUGGCACGACAACCCCGGCGCGUACCGCACAGCAAUGCUUGGAGACUGUCGGCUUUGAUGGCAGAGUCUUCAACGAUGUUUCUCUCAUUGAAUGGGAGGUAUCUUCAAACCAAGGCGUGAUUCUCGGUCAACCGUGGUUAGUGCAGUUUAACCCGACCAUCAAUUGGCAAACCGGAGUGAUGCGCUUCCCCAACCAGCGUGUAGUACAUGACUUCAGUUCCGUGAACAGCAGUCUUGAGGUGGCGGGACCGACGGUGGCUUCAGUGGAAGUGAAACCGGAAUUUCUUCAGCACCCGCUUCCCCCGAACCUGCGGCAGCAGCUCGAUGACCAUGUGCAGGCAGGCUGCCCUUGGGACCGAGCUCACUAG